AUGGUGGGUUACGUCCGAGCCGCGUACGCGAUGAUGCUCUGCGUCGCGAACAUGAUAAUCUACGGACUAAAAGUUAACAUUGCCACGGCUAUAAUUGGUAUGACGAAACGCAAGCCCGUCAAAGAGGGUGAGACAGCACCACAGUGCCCACAGUUCACCAAUGACCAUACCGAGGUUUCCACGAUCCAAGGACCGUUCGAAUGGACACCGGUUGAGCAGGGACUCGUCGUUAGCAUCUACUUCGCCGGAUACCUGCUCGGCAUGUUUCCCAGUGGAUACUGUGCCGAUAGGUUUAACUCAAAGUGGGUGUUGAUCGUCACGGUGUUUUUCAACGCUGUUACAACGAUUCUGUUGCCGCUGACGGCACGAGCGCAUCUCCACGCGCUCUACGCUCUUCGCUUCUUCACCGGUUUAGUAAGCUCCUCGAACUUACCGGUAAUGAACGUGCUGAUGGGCAAGUGGGUUGUUUACGAGGAGAAGGGAAUGUGGGCGGCGAUCAUAUACGCGGGCAUGCCGCUCGGUACGGUGAUAUCGAUACUGACCACCGCUCAAAUCAUAAGCGCCGCAGGCUGGGAGGCCGUAUUCUACGUUCACGGAACUCUGCCUUUGAUCUGGUGUGUUAUUUUCAUCCUCUUUUUCGCCGAUAAUCCCGAGUCGCAAAAGUUUAUCACUGAAGAAGAACGGGAAUACAUUUGCGGCACCUACGCUCACCGCAAACCCUUUUCUGAGAACAAGCCCAGAGUACCAUGGAAGGCCAUUUUUACUUCGGUACCGUUCUGGGCCCUGAUACUAACCAAUACUCUUGGCAAUUUUUCCUGGUACUUUUUACUGACCACGGUGCCUCUCUAUAUGAAUCAUGUACUGAAGUUCAACAUCAAAGCGAACGCGGGGAUAACCUGCUUUCCGUAUCUGAUCAUCGCAAUUCUCAAUCCAUGCCUCGGAAAGUUGUUGGACUGGGGAAGAACGCGUGGUAUUUGGAAGAUGACUGUAGCGAGAAAAAUUGCCGUCACUAUAAGUUGCGUCCCGACCGCUGUACUCAUAUUAAUCAUCGCUUACAUCGGGUGUCACAGGUUGGCCACAACGAUUCUUCUUUGCAUAAAUAUCGUCGUAGCCGGUACAGUAUUCAUUGGCCACUUGUGCAACCAGAACGACUUGUCCCCGAACUUCGCAGGUAUUUUGAUGGGCAUCACAAACACCCCUGGCACUAUUCCGGCGUUCGUUAUCCCAGCCCUGACAGGGCACUUUACCAAAAACGAGCACACCUUCGGUACCUGGAGAAAUAUUUUCUGGAUAAUCAUCAUAUGUCAGAUAUCAGCGUGGCUGAUAUUCACGAUAUUUGGAUCCGGUAACAUUCAGCCUUGGAAUGAAGUCGAACAGAAUGCUGUCACUGAAGAGGUAGCGUCUGAAAGUAGAAAUCGUGAAAAUCGCCGUCAGUAA